ACACAGAGAGAACGGCGGUGGCGGGAGCGCGCGAGGGGACGUCCUGCCCUUUGCGUCCUGGUACUUCUGCGAACUUGUGGGCGUCCUGCUCCUCCAAAAAGCUCUGGGGCCUAGGAGCUGGAGAACAGACCACAAUGAGCUGUAUGACAAAGAAUCUGCAGGAGGUCCUCAAGCUCCUAGGCAAGAGUUCGUGUUUUGACAGAAUUUUGGAAAAGGUAUUGGAUGCGAAGCUACGGUUUCUAAUGAAGAGAAAGCACCUUGCGUAGUUCGUGGUGAGCGCUGGAUAAAUUGUCUCUGGUAGAUUCUUUUGGCCUGCGUCCCGAAACUGACCUUAGUAGUAAUGAUUUCUAUUGUAAUGGAGCACAGUUAUGUGCUAGGUGUGCCUCCAUUGAUCUGUCAGUCUUUAAAAACAAAAAGAUGACUGUUGUCUCUGCUGUCCCUGGGAAAGUGAUCUGUGAAAUGAAAGUAGAGGAAGAGCAUACCAAUAAAAUGGGCACUCUCCAUGGUGGCAUGACAGCCACCUUAGUGGAUUGUGUAUCCACAUAUGCUCUGCUAUGCACAGAAAGGGGAGCACCUGGAGUUAGUGUGGACAUGAACAUAACGUACAUGUCACCUGCUAAAAUGGGAGAAGAUAUACUGAUUACAGCGCAUAUUCUGAAACAAGGAAAAACACUUGCAUUUGCCUCUGUGGAUCUGACAAACAAGGUCACGGGGAAAUUAAUAGCACAAGGCAGACACACAAAACACCUGGGAACAGCCUAAAGAAACCCAACAAUGAAUGUCCAGAGUAAAUAUGACUUGAAUACAAUUUUCAAAAUAAAUUAGCACAAUCAAAAAAUAGGUAAGAAUUAUUUGGGGAAAAAUGUCAUAGAAGUCAAGUGGAACAUAGGAGAGGGUUGUCUGUAUUCUUUCAUUUUAAGCCUCUUUAGCUUUCAUUUGUAAUCAUACACCAUACUUGGAUGAGAACAUUCUUAGCUCAAGGUGUUUGAAAACAAGUAAAGCAAAGCUAGCAGGGCUAUUUUGAGAUGAGAUUACCUUAAAACUAAAAUCCAGUAUUAAGCAAAAGGAGAAAUCUAAAUUAAUGAUUAAUCCUUACAGACUCUUUUAAGUUCUUCUCAACUCUUUUUUUUUUUUGUUUUGGGGCCACAGGUUCCCAGGCUAGGGGUCAAAUCACAGCUGUGGCAGUCAGCCUAUACCACAGCCACAGCCACACAGGAUCUGAGCCCCAUCUGCGACCUACACCACAGCUCACAGCAGCACCACAUCCUUAACUCACUGAGCAGAUCCUUAACCAGGGAUCAAACCUGCAACCUUAUGGUUCCUAGUCGGAUUCGUUGCCACUGCACCAUGACGGGAACUCUGCCAUACUACGUAUUUUUAAACCCAAUUUCAAGAUUGUGGAACUUCAAAAUGGAGGAACCAUAGGCCCACUGGAGAAUAAGAGAGUAAUUCUCAACAAAGUUUGAGGCAAAGUACAUUUGUGAUAAAUAGUCCUGUGGGUGUGCUACUUUUUCCUGAUAGAGAAUUUAUUAUAGGACUUGCAUAUUUUAUAGUGGUGGUGAGACAGAGCAUUCUGUUAGCCCCUUUCUAAUACUGAGGAUAAAUAAAACCACAAAGGUCGUGAAUCUCCUAGUCUACAGUACUUCAUCUACAGACCAAGUUCACGAGGUGUUUCGUCCCUUUCCCAGAGUUCUACGACUGUGGCAUUUGUAGUAUUCGACUUCUGCAUCAGGUGGUCUUCAAGAACAUGACUGACAAUCGGAAGAAAGGAAGCAACAAUAAGUUUGGAAACACAGCAUUUAAAGGUUGAUUACCCUUUGGUUGUAUUAGAAUAUAUAUUGAUCCAUCUGCUGAAAGAACAGCCUUCACAGUAGCAGUGAGCACACAGGAAACCCAGGUCAAAUAUAUGCCAAUAAAAGUAGCUUGGGCUCCUUAAACAGGUGAUUUCAGAGCUGGGGGCUGGGAUAGGGAAGCUAGAAGAUGAACAUACCUUGUGCUUCAAAGUAAGGGAGUACUCAAGAAAAUGAUGAGAGGCAUGAAAAUUAUGCAGCAUUGAAAAAAAAGGAAUUGAGCCCAUACUGUUUAAUAAUGGCAGGGACAGAAGGGCUCUUCCUUCUAAGAGUGCUGAUAGGACUUCCCUGGUGGCCUAGUAGUUACGGAUUUGGCAUUGUCACUGCUAUGCCUUGGGCUCUAUCAAUGGCCUAGGGAACUCCUGCAUGCCAUAGGCGCUCCCCACCCCACCCCUCCAAAAAAGAAUGCUGAUAAAUAUUUAGGACUAGAUACAAAAAACCAACUAUAGGAGUUCCCAUUGUGGCGCAGUGGCGCAAAUCCAACUAGAAAUCAUGAGGUUGCAGGUUCAGUCCCUGGCUUCACUCCUGCGUUGCUGUGAGCUGUGGAGUAGGUUGCAGACACAGCUCAGAUCCAGCAUUGCUGUGGCUGUGGUGUAGGCUGGUAGCCGCAGUUCCAAUUCGACCCCUAGCCUGGAAACCUCCAUGUGCCGUGGGUGCAGCCCUAAAAAAACAAAAAAAAGCAGCUAUAAAGUAGGACACUACCUUGAUCAAUCAAAAUUAACAAGAACGAACAUACCAACAGUGGAUAUUCAUUUGAGGAGAUGGGGUAAGGUCAAUGGGCAUUGGCCAGAAUACAAAAUCCAAAUCAAACCAUGAAGGAUCACUCAAAUGUGAAACAAGGAUACCUUGUUUUUAAAAAAAUUGACUUCCCUUCAAAAAUGUCAAGCCUGAGGAAUUGUCCCAAUUUGGAGACUGACAUGUGAAAACUAAAUGCGAUGAUCCCGUACUGACUAUAGGGGGGACAGAAAAACAUGACCAGGAGUUCCUGUUAUGGUUCAGCAGGUUAAGGACCUGAUGUCUCUGUUUGAUCCCUGAUCUCACUCUGUGGGUUAAGGAUCCAGUAUUGCCCCAAGCUGUGGUGAAGGUCACAGAUGCAACUGGGAUUUAUUUAACCCCUGGCCCGAAACUUCCAUGUGCCACAGGUGCAGCCGUUUAAAAGAAAACAAAAACCACUGCCAAACAUAUUACAACAAUCAACAAAACUGGAACAUGGAUUAUAGAUUAAAUGAAUGUUACAUCUGAGUUUGAUAAUUUCACUGUGGUAAUAUAAGAAUAUCCUUGUACUUGGGACAUGCCAAAAUACCAAGGCAAAAGGACCAAGAUACACACACCAGGAGUUCCCAUUGGUGGCUCAGUGGAUUAAGAACCCAACAUAGUGUCCCAGAGGAUGUAGGUUUGAUCUUUGGCCUUGUUCAGUGGGUUAAGGACCUGGUGUUGCCAUGAGCUGUGGUGUAAGUCACAGUUGCAGUUCGGAUCUGGUAUUACUGUGGCUGUGGUGUAGACCAGCAGCUGCAGCUCCAAUUUGAUCCCUAGCCUGGCAACUUCCAUAUGCCAUGGAUGUGGCCAAAAAGAUAUAUGCACCAAACUCUCAAAUGAUACAGAAAAUAUUUACAUAUAUGUGGAGAAAGACAGGAAAAAAUCAACUAUACUUCAAUAAGUUUUUUAAAAAAAACUACAAAAAGGGAAACAACUGUGGCAAAACAUCAAGGAGUUACUUUGUGGGUAAAGGUUACAAGGAGUAUUCAGUAUUACUCUUAAAACUUUUUCUAAUUUAUUCUAAAGUAAUCUUUUUUUAGAGUUCCUUGCUGUGGCUCAGGUUCGAUCUGUGGCCCAGGAAUUAGUACAUGUUGUGGGCACGGCCAAAAUAUAAAAACUUUUCACUCUACAGAGCCAGAAAGCCAUGUUUUAAAUUUGGGCAAGUUCCUAAAACCUCUACAUCUAGGUUCCACUCGGGGUUAAGAGUUUAGAAUAGCACCUAGCUGUGAGAAACGAAGUGUACUUUUUUUUUUUUUUUUAGGGCCACAGCCUUGGCAUACGGAGGUUCCCAGGCUAGGGAUCUAUUCGGAGCUGUAGCCGCUGGCCUACACCAGAGCCACAGCAAUACAUGAGCCACAUCUAUGACCUACACCAGCUCACAGCAACACCGUGAUCCUUACUGAGCGAGGCCAGGGAUCGAACCCGCCAUCUUAUGGUUCCUAGUCGGAUUUGUUAACCACUGCGCCACAACGGGAACUCCCCUGAAGUGUUAUUUCCAAAUCAUCAGAAAGGAUUUUUUUUUGUUUAUUUAAAGCCGCACCUGUGGCAUAUGUUGGUUCCCAGGCUAGGGGUCUAAUCCGAGCUACAGCUGCUGGCCUAUACCACAGCCACAGCCAUGCCAGAUCCAAACCACGUCUAUGACCCACACCAUAGCUCACAGCAAUGCUGGAUCUUUAAUCCAUUGAGCGAGGCCCAGGAAUCAAACCAGCAACCUCAUGGCUCCCAAUGAGAUUCUUUUCCACUGUGCCACGACGGGAACUCCAGAAAGCAUUUUGAAAUUAUUUUUUCUUUUUCAUGACAACAGGCAUAAGGCCAGAAUUACAACUGUUUAAAAGCUGACAAAAAGGCCUGAUUCCCAUUCUUACUGAAAUUACAAACCCAACUGUUGGUUUUUCUGACUUUACCAUUUAGCCAGGGGCUGUAAAUCCUCCUAAAGUUAUCAAUAACACAUACCCAAGGGACUUAAGAAGAAAAGUUAACACUUUUGAGUUUUGUGUAUUCACCUGAAUAGUCAGGUAACUUUCACCUAUUUUAUUUAGGUUUUCAUUUAUUCAAAUUCCAACCAGAAGCUAAAUACAAUUGGAAACCAGUAAGCACUAAGUUUUACUCCAAAGGAGUAGGAUCAUUCAGAUUUACUCCAAUAAAAGUAUGCAACCCUUAAGCAAAGCUUUUCUUCAUUUAAAAGAGAAAAAAACCCAAAGACCCCCCCCAAAAAAACCUAUACAGUAGUCUUUCCUUAUGUUCAUUGCACAAAAUGAGUUCUGCUUUUAGAACUUUGACACUCAAUGUUUUUUUCUUUUCUUUUUUGUAUUUAUGCAAUUUAAGAUACCAACUUCUCUACUUCAACAGAACCUCAUAAGUUUUCCUUUAGGAUGGUGUAAAAACCAGUAUUUCUGCACAAUUCACUGGAAUUUUUUUCUCUGUAAUAAAAAUCUCUUCUUUUUAAAACCAAAAAACAAAACAAAAACCAAAAGGAAGGUCCUCUACCUCUCCUGGUUUUUGCAGCUAUGAAUAUACUUCUGUUUUAUAGCUGCUUAUAGCUACUUCAGACUCCAGAUCUGCUUUAAUGUGUUUAACUGUAUCCACACUCAGCAGAAUACUCUUAUAACAGCAACUUGGGCAAAGAGAUCUGGAAAUAAAAUACAUAUAUUUAUGAGUACCAGGAAACAACAUGGCCCAGGAAUACAUGAGGCAAGAAUGCCUACAAUGAGAUGCUUUUUUCCUCUAAGAUUUCUUUCCCACAGUUCUAUUUCCUUCUCUCUUUUUUAAACAACCACUUCUGGUCAUUAGAAUGAAUCUGACAGUGCUCUGGAACAACGGUGAUUAUAGCAAAGCUAUUAAGUUUUUAAAAUGUUAUUUAUACCUGUUACAUUCACUUCUCACCCUCCAAAUACUGAUGACAGAUAUAUCAAAGCGGCAAAAGCCAGCACAAAUGGAAAGACCAUCAAAAAUGAGUAUCACCUUGUGCUUUCAGAUACAUUUAAGCAUUUCAGUGUACAAUAGUCCUUUCAUUUCACAUUUUUAGUAAGAUGCUGAUGCAGUGCAGCAAAUAUGCAGAGCAUCUUCUUUCACACAGUCCAUGCAGAAGACACCUAAUUUCUUUAAGUUCUGAGAUACAAAUGAAAAGAAAAAAAAAAAAAAAAAAA